AUGAAUGACGAUUUAGAAGCUCUAGUUAGAAAACCAUCCACAGAAAAGGAUACCGAUAAUUGUUUAAAUGUUCGCUUAUAUUUAAUACAAAUCCUAUUUAUAUUUAUAGUUUGCUUUGUUAUUUUUGUUUUUUUCUUUAUAUUAUUUUUUUUAGGUGUUUUUUAA